CCAUACAAUAACUUGUCCAGACCAGUGGGCCACUGCUGCAGCUGGAGUAUCAUGUGGCACAUUCCCUACUCAGUAUGCUGCAGGUUAGUGAGAGCACUCCAUCAAGAGCUUACAAUGGAGGCCUCCGGCGACUCCGAGGAGGUCUCCGCUCCCGCCGUAGACGGUAGUGUAUUACCGUCGGUGGAAGAGAAAGCAGAUGCCGAUGCAGACGACUGUGAGUCGUGCAUCCACGAUCUACAUGAUAGCAGCUACGACGAAGAUGAUAAACAUAAAUACGUAGACGCUGAUGCUGAUGUGAGUGCUGAUGUGACAAUAAUGUGGCAAUGUGCGAAAGUGAUAGAAAAAGAAGAUACAGAAAAGUUGGUGGAUGCUGAUGAAGAAGGUAAGCUGUUUUGGGAGGCUUGUUUGGCUUCUGGAUAUCCUUAGAUCUGUAGUCUUUUUUUUAUAUUUUGUUUUGAGUAGAAAAUGAGUAAUCCUCAGAGUAACAUGUGUUGUAAUCUGGUAGUUUCUAUGUUCUUUUUUUUUUUUCUUAAAUUUUUGUUGUUCAUUUUUGUUGUUCUCCUUAU